UGACCUAUUCUAUCCUCUCUCUCUCUCUCUCUCUCUCUGAGGAUAAGAGCUGUAACAUGGAGAGCAGCAGAAUACUGGAGUUCUUGAAGGACAAGAGCAUUCUGAUCACUGGAUCCACUGGCUUCUUGGCAAAAAUAUUCGUGGAGAAGGUGCUGAGGGUUCAACCGGAGGUUAAGAGGCUCUUCCUCCUCGUCAGAGCCGCCGAUGCCGCAUCUGCCAACCAGCGUGUGCAAACUGAGAUACUAGGAAAGGACCUGUUCAAGGUUCUAAGAGACAAACAUGGUGAUGGAUUCCAUCCAUUUGUAGCAAGCAAGGUGUUCCCCGUGGCUGGAGACAUCGUCCGGGAAGAUUUAGGUAUCCAAGACUCCAAUCUCAGAGAGAAGUUGUGGAAGGAAGUGGGGAUCGUCGUCAAUGUAGCAGCGACCACCAGCUUCGACGACAGAUACGAUGUGUCUUUGGGCAUCAAUGCUCUCGGAGCUAAGCAUAUCUUGGAGUUUGCGAGGCGAUGCGUAAGACUGGAAAUGCUCCUCCAUGUUUCUACCGCUUAUGUAGCUGGCGAGCAGAGUGGGCUGAUCUUGGAGAAGAAGUUUCUCAUGGGAGAGACUCUCAAGGGGGGCUCCUACUUGGACAUCGAAGCAGAACUAAGGUUGGUGGACAAGAAGAAGAGGGAGCUCCGUGCAGAGUAUGCGACCGAAGAGGUCGAAAAGCUAGCCAUGAAGCGACUGGGGAUGAAGAGAGCUAGGUAUUUUGGCUGGCCAAACACCUACGUUUGCACCAAAGCAAUGGGUGAAAUGCUGCUCGGACACUUACGAGGAGAUCUGCCUCUGGUAAUCUUGCGCCCGACGAUCAUCACGAGCGUCCACAGAGACCCACUUCCUGGUUGGAUCGAAGGAACAAGGACGAUCGACAGCCUGAUCAUGGGGUACGUGAAGGGGAAGAUCGCAUGCUUGUUUGGAGAUCUCGACAUCGUCGCGGAUGUGGUACCCGGGGACAUGGUGGUGAACGCGAUGAUGGUGACCAUGGCGGCUCACUCGAAUCAGCGGUCGGAGUUCAUCUACCACAUGAGCUCCUCCGUGAGAAAUCCAAUGACGUACUCCAUUCUGGAGCAGAGCGCGUAUCGUUACUUCCUCGAGAACCCUCGCGUGGGGAAGGACGGAAGAAUCAUCAAGACGAGAAGGGUUCCUGUCAUCAGAAACAUGACCAGAUUCCGUAUCUACAUGACCCUGAGACACAAGCUGCCACUGGGGGUAUUGCACCUCAUCAAUCUGCUAUCCUGUGGACGAUUUGCUCGCGGAUACAAUGAACUCAACCGGAAGUACAAGUUCGUGAUGCAUCUCGUUGACCUUUACGAACCCUAUGCCUUCUUCAGAGGAUACUUUGACGACCUAAACAUGGAGAGGUUGAGGAUGGCAAUGAAGAAGGACGACGCUGAGGCCUGGAUGUUCGAUUUUGAUCCCAAGCACGUCGAUUGGGAGGACUACUUCUAUCGCAUUCAUGUCCCAGGCGUCCUUAAAUAUGCAUUCAAAUGAACCAUGGAAGGGAUCUUGUGCACUUGGUCAGUUCUACUACUUCUUCCAUCUCUUCUCAUUUAUUGACGCCACAGAAAUAUUUAUGUUGUUCCAGAGACGAACCAUAGCUAGGAUGCUUCCCUUACAUCUUCUGGUGUUCGGACGUAUUCUGUACCCACCUUCUUGAUUCAAAGGAAUGUUAUGGUAGCACUGCUUGCAGAAGAAAGUCUAUAAAUAUGCAGAAUUUUUCCUAUAUAACUCAUCAAUUCGAUGUUAUGAUGCUAUUAUUAUAUGAUAUUAUAUGGGUGACGUAUUGACCACUUAGAAUUAUAUGAUAUUAUUAUUAUUAUUAUCUUUUUUCCCCAAAAUAAUUGGUUCACCGGAGGCAAACCAUUGGAGCAGCAGCGCCCACGGAAUCGGAUUCUGCUUUCUGGAGCUUCCACAAAAGCGUGGAACCGACCACGUUGCUACUCCGCGCACCACAUGAAACCCUUGGCUCCGACGUGCCCUCCUCUCCCCCACGCAUCCCCUCUCUCUCUUUGUUCGCCACCCCACCUUCUAAAACCUCUUCCACAUGAUCCUCCUCCUUACGAGCAGCAGUAGCACCAUUCGAUGGAAGAAGCGAGAGGGAAGGACAUGCCCCAGAGGAGCUGCGAUGCCGACGCGUGCUCCUCCUCGGAGCCCCGGACUCGACCGGCUCUUCAAGGCUUAAUGAUGGAUUCUCCGAUAGACCAGCCCGUCAAUCCCGCUUCGACGUCACCGGCGGACGACGGCAGCGGUGGCCCUCGACCGGCAGCCUCGAAGAAGGCGAGGAAGAGACUCGAGGACUGUGGACGGGAGAGGCUGAGGCGGCACAGGGUGGAGAUGGCGGGCCGUGUUUGCAUACCGGAGACGUGGGGGCAAGAGAGCUCGUUGAAGGAUUGGGCGGAUCGCUGCGCGUUCGAGAGAUUCAUGCCGGAGGCCUUGGCAUCCGCCCGCAAGGCGCUGGUCGACGACUGUCGUCGGCCGCCAAAUACGUGCCUGCAAGUUGGAAACUGAGACCGAUCGACUCAUCCUUGUUCCGCGGAUUUCCAUGGUUGGAUAUGCUUCCCGAAUCAUUCUUUCUUCUUGAUCGAGUGUUGGUCUUUGAAACCACACACUCGUUUCUCGUGCCAAAACCUCCGAGUUUAGAUCGUGCUUGAGCCACUGUUUUUCUUCUUUUUUUCCUUCGUCCGAAGAGCUCUCGGUCUGCAGAAGAAAAGCAUGCAUCCUCAUUACCAUUAUGCCAGCAACGAUUGAAGAUUGAUUAAGGUGAUUGUUUUGAUCUUGUAAUAUUCGUUGUUGCCCGCUUGAUUGUAUAUGUCAAGCGAGGCAUACUAAAUUCCUCUAUGCUCAUCUCCUUCUCCAUGGCAGAGAAGCCUCGUUCGCUCGCGCUGUUGAGUUCCAAUCGGCUAUACUUCUCGUAUUUGGAAUCCACUGCAUAUAGUACUAAGGAUACUCAUAACUUCGAAGCUUUAAAUCAACAUAGUAUUAAGUCGAAGAGUUUGGUAGUACAAUUGAGCAUAAUCAUUUUGUGUCUCGACUCAGCAAGACAUUAUCUACAGAUUUUACCAUCAAAUAUAUUUGUCUCUUCCUCAUUUACCAUUUAGAAAAGAGGAAAUAAAAUGCAAUUCCUCUCUUCUACGAGGAGUUAAAUGGCUACCGGCGCGCAACCCGGAGUGAGCGAUGGCUGGAAUCGACAAAACCAAUUGACGCACGCAAGUGGCGGCCCCGCCCGCGGGGGCCACACCCAUCUCGACGGUGACCCUGCCCUUACCCACCACCGAAGAGUCGCUCCCUGUGCAACGAUCCACUAGCCGGAACUCAACUCGCUCCCGUCUCCUCCUUUUUCUUUUCCAUGUAAUCGUCUUUGUCGGAAACAUAGAAGAUCGCAUUUCGCCUCUUGAGGAGUCCAAAAGGCCGGCCACCAGAAACUAAGAGCCGACUAAGAUAAUUGUUUCUACCGGCUACAUGAUUCACCCGCCGUUUCCACCUGAUCUGUCAUUGGCGGCAGUGGCGUGUCCCGCUUGAUGCUAAAUCACGAGGCAGGUGGGAAAUGCGAGUCACUACAAACGCGUGGAUGAAACAUAGGACCAGUGCUGAAGUCCACUGUCACCGCCCUAUUCAUAGCCGAUCCGCUUCAAUUGUGACUUCUAAUUCAUCCUUCCAAUUGCCACAUCUCGACCGUCUGUUGAUGCGGGCACCAUCUAAAGUGCGUGGAUCCGGGGUAAAGUCGGAUACCUCUACUUGGAGAGGAUCCUCACCCAUGGUCCAGUCCUGCCUCGCUCUCCACGAGCCGGGCCCGGCCCGGCCCGGCUUGGCCCGUCCCGGACAUCAUAAACCCUAUAAAUAAGCCCCAUCGCCACCUUUCACGUCGGGAAGGGACGCUCUCACCUGGGUUGCUCCGCCGCCCCCUUUCUCCUCUAAUACGUGCCAGAGUCUUCUCGAUCUUCGAUCCCUUCCACUGCGUCGUCAGGGAAAUCUCCAGCAGGCAUAAUGUCAACUGUUACUGUUCCACCCGUAUGCAUGCUGAGAGGCAACACCAAAUGCCAGCGCACCUCUUUGCUGAUCAAAAGCCCAUCCUCACUGAGCUCCAUGAAGCGUAUCUCAAAAGCAUCAUCCUUGAGGACAUCCAACCGCUUCAGGGCAUGUGCUAUGGCAGUCUACAAGGUGAAACUCAUCGACCCGGAGGGGAAGGAACAUGAGUUCGACGCUCCAGAUGAUAGCUACAUUCUGGAUGCAGCCGAGGAUGCAGGAGUGGAGCUGCCAUACUCAUGCCGAGCUGGAGCAUGUUCGACGUGUGCUGGUCAAUUGGUGUCGGGCAAUGUCGAUCAGUCGGAUGGAUCCUUCCUCGAUGAAACACAGAUGUCAAAGGGUUAUAUCCUGACCUGUGUCUCCUAUCCGAGAUCAGAAUGCGUCAUCUACACUCACAAAGAAGGCGAACUAUAUUGAUCGGAUUGGCAUCCUUUCUCUGUUUGUGCUCGGAAUGAAUCAGACGUAUGUAUCUGUCAUUUAACCUCUUUUUUUUUUGUUGUCCAGAGGGUCAUGCCUCUUUCAAUAAGCUCGGUACUACUACUGCUGAUAUUGCACUACUUUAUGUUCAGAUUUCUUGA